AGGACCAUCUCCGCCGCCGGAGCUGCCGUCCUUUCUGCUAUAGUCGUCAACCCUCUUGAUGUCGCGAAGACAAGGCUACAGGCACAAGCUGCUGGAGUUCCGUAUCAUCCUACAAGGAAUUGUACUGGAGGGCAUAUGGCUUCUCGAAACACUAACUUGAUGUUCUCAAAUUUCAGGUGUCCUCCUUCACGUACUUGUGAAUGUUUAUUAACAGCUGAAACAGCUUCACUUCCUGAAUGUUCUCGGUAUAAAGGCACAUUUGAUGUGCUAUUCAAAGUAAUCAGACAAGAAGGCUAUGCGAGGUUGUGGAGGGGAACAAAUGCAAGCCUUGCACUGGCUAUACCAACAGUGGGAAUAUACUUACCAUGUUAUGACAUAUUCCGAAACUGGUUUGAAGAAUUUGCUGCUAAAAGUUCUCCUCAUUUGACUCCAUAUGCUCCCCUGAUUGCUGGCUCAGCUGCUCGCUCAUUAGCUUGUAUAGUUUGCUCUCCUAUUGAGCUGGCAAGGACACGAAUGCAGGCAUUCAGGGAGCUUCAAAGAGGAGAAAAGCCUUCAGGAGUUUGGAAAACUUUACUUGGCGUUCUAUCACCGACUGGAAGUACAAAAUAUCCACAAAACUUUGGCGGGUAUCGUGUCCUUUGGAUGGGUGUUGGGGCUCAGAUUGCUCGUGAUGUUCCAUUUUCUGCCAUCUGCUGGUCCACUCUUGAGCCGAUCCGGAGAAGCUUACUUGGGCUAGUUGAGGAGGAAGGCAGUCCAAUUGCCAUUUUUGGAGCCAACUUCACAGCAGGUUUUGUUGCUGGCAGCCUUGCAGCGGCGGCUACAUGCCCUCUUGACGUGGCUAAAACUAGAAGACAGAUAGAGAAGGAUCCGACUAGAGCACAGAAAAGCAAUACGUGGAGAACUCUAUCGGAUGUUUGGAGGCUUCCAAGCCUUUUCCUAGCGGUUCCUUUAUCCAAGAGAAUAUAUAAAAUCAAUUUAGUAUCAAACUGAUACGCCUAGACCGGUCCGGGAGGGAUCGGUCCAGCCGGCCUAACCCUUGGGCCGGCUCCACAACUUUGCUUGCUAACCCACAGGCACAAUUGGCCGCCCCCUUGGGGGUGGGGUCCACAACUUAGGGAAGAGAGAGAGGGCUGUUUAGUCCUUUUGGUUAUUUUUUAUGUUUGUUUUAAUUAGGAGUUCGCAUUAGGGCUAGGACAUGCAAAAAUUAUUAUAGUUGGUGUCUUGGUCUCUAGCGGUGUCUAGGGAUUGCAAGAUGUAGAUUCUCCUCUCGAAUUGAGGAUCGACUGUAUCUUGGUAUUCUCCUUCCGUUAUCUUGAUUAUUGCAAUAAAAACUUCUAUUUUUGUAAUUUUUCAUUGGAGUUGUGGAUAUUUCCCGCUGUUUUUGUCAACGUUGUUAGGUUUUACUUGAGAUCUUCAAGUAUUUCCUAACAUAAACCUUGACGUGGAACAUGUUAAGAGUUCAUGAAAUUUUGAUUAUUUUCGAAUUUAUUCAUCACAAUGAAUAUAUGUUGUUGGUGUGGUUUGUGCUUAGGUGCAUAUGAUUGCAACUUGUCCUCUUGCACCAUAUAUGAUAGAAUCAUUUCUUUUAUUACUAGAUAAUAUAACCAUUCCACCUUGAUAUCCAUGAAGCUCACUAUGUC